UUUAUUUAGCAUCAACUAUGAAGUUUAGACAAAAACGCAAAAAACAGAACGAUUGGGGGAAAAUUGUGGAUUUUUGUGAACGUACAACAUUACAUGGCGUGAGACAUCUGGUGGAUUUCAACAGACAUUGGACCGAAAUACUUUUGUGGACAAUAGUAGUGAUUCUACUGUGUGUGGGUUCAACGCUGAUGAUCUACAACAGUUGGAACCGAUUCAACACAAACCCGACCGUAAUUUCUAUCCAAAAGGACUACAGAACAUGGAAAACAGCUUUUCCAGCAGCAACCGUUUGUUUCGCCAAUAAACUAGAUGUGAAACUGGCCGAACGGUUGAUUAAAAAGAACUGGCCUGGAGCAACAGAAGAACAGCUGAGAUAUUCAAUGAGUUUCCUUUAUACGGUUGCCAAUGCUGAAUACAAGUCAUUGAACCAUUUUCUGCUAUUCAGAGACGAUAAAAGAUUGGAUAAACUGGAUCUUCUCAAAUUAGCUACGCAGGUUUCCAUCAAUAUGACCUAUGAUGCUAGAGUAUUUGACAUGAAAUUCAAAGAUUUGGGCUUUCUAAGAACCCUGACAGAAAUGGGAAUAUGUUAUACAUUUGGAGGUGUAUUAUCGCAGAGCUACACCCAGCAGACCACCAAUACACAAGCUGCUAACAAAAAUGUCAAACCUCCAUACUGCUCCUUUCAAAAUCCACUAUGCUAUGCUAGUAUUGAGGAUCUACCAGUGAAUUUGUCGUACUACAUCCACUCAGCCUACGAAAUGCCAGUAUCGGGGAGCACGGGCUACAAAGUGCAACAGAACAUGGAACGCGAGACGACGUUCCGCUUUCUGGAGACGGUUGCCUCGAAAGCGCUGCGCCAUUUGUUACCCGAGCAACGACGUUGCCGGGUUCGUCGACGAGCCACUGGCCAAGUGGAGGGGAGUGCUGGGCCUGGCCCACUACAGUCACAACACAUGUAUCAUGGAGUGUCGGAGACGUGUCGCUUACGACUACUGUCAAUGUUCGCCACAUUUCUUGUUGAAGAAUGGUCAGUCAACACAGAGACGUCGUACCAAUACUACCAAGUGUGUGGUGUGGAAGGACUGGCUUGCCUGGCGAGAUACUUCAAAACCCUGAUGACCAUCAAGAGUCAAGGUCCGCCUUUCAACUGCGACUGUCUACCCAACUGUGAAGACAUCAAGUUUUUUCUCGACAAAAACACCAAAAGGGAAUGGUUGGUGACUAAUAAUUCAUCAUCUUUCACCCAGUUUACCAUCUAUCUCCAUCUACUAUAA